AUGAGCAGCCAGUAUCAGGAGGAGAAACUGAAAGGCCGGAAUGCAAAAAAAAAAAUCUGCUCUCCUCUUAAAAUAACAGUAUUCUGGGCAAAAGGAGCCCCUGCAAAAUGAACUAAAAGCUCCCAAAGCUUAAAAAAACCAGCAAAAAAACCAGGAAAAAACUUUAACCAGGUUCCCCCAAGAACAACUCUUCCUUUGAGGCUGAGCUUCAUCUCCCCCCCAAGCUGAGGAGGUUGUACGGUCCAGUGGGGACAGCAGGUCGGCUACACCUCCAAUCUCUGCCCGAUGCCAGGUCUGUAGUGGCCAGAUCGGAUAAAUCGGAUCGCCUCGUUCUGUUGGGGGAGAGUAGCUGGGACAACCACAGCCUGAAGAUCAGUCAGGCCCCCCAGGUCAGCAUCAGCCGAAGUAAGUCCUACAGAGAGAACAGCGCCCCCCUGCUGCGAGACGACCAAAGUCCCGAUGGUCUCCAGCAGCAACAUCAGACUGCUUCCAGCACCCCUUGUCCCUCUCUGCAGGACAGGCUGGGGGCAUUGACUCAGAACCCUGGGGAUGAGGAUGAGGACGACGAGGAGGAUGAAGAGGAUGAGGAGGAUGAAGAAAAAGAGGACGAAGCAGAGAAGCAGCAUAAAUAAUAAUAACAAUAACACCAGCAAUCCCAACAGGGUACUCCUGAAAGAGCAGCUCCCACAGUUCCAGCAACAGCAGCAACAGCAGCAACCGCAGCAGCAGCAGCAAAAGCAGCAGCAGCAGCAACAGCCGGGAUGUGGUCCUGAUGGAGAUCUGUCUCCCAAAGAGGAACUUCUGCUCCAUACUUCUGAUGGAGAUGGCAAAGAUGGUGAGGACAGUGUGUGCCUGUCAGCUGGAAGUGACUCAGAGGAGGGCAUGCUAAAGAGGAAACAGAGGAGGUAUAGGACCACCUUCACCAGCUACCAGCUAGAAGAACUGGAGAGGGCUUUCCAGAAGACCCACUACCCAGAUGUCUUCACCAGAGAGGAGCUGGCGAUGCGGCUGGACCUGACCGAAGCCAGGGUACAGGUCUGGUUCCAGAAUCGAAGAGCAAAGUGGAGGAAGAGAGAGAAGGCUGGGGCCCAGACUCAUGCUCCUGGUUUGCCUUUCCCCGGCCCAUUGUCAGCCAGUCACCCUCUGAGCCCAUACCUUGAUGCCAGUCCUUUUCCUCCCCACCAUCCUGCCUUGGACUCUGCCUGGACUGCGGCUGCUGCCGCAGCUGCCGCUGCCUUCCCCAGUCUACCUCCUCCCCCCGGCUCCACCUCCCUGUCACCUAGUGGGGCCCCUCUUGGACUCAGCACCUUCCUGGGGGCAGCUGUGUUCCGGCACCCAGCCUUCAUCAGCCCUGCGUUUGGCAGGCUGUUCUCCACGAUGGCCCCUCUAACUAGUGCUUCCACUGCAGCAGCCCUGCUCAGGCAACCCAGUCCCGCUGUGGAGAGUGCAGUGCAGUCCAGCGGCCUGUCAGACCCUGCCACCGCUGCAGCAGACAGAAGGGCGUCUAGCAUAGCAGCCCUCAGGCUAAAAGCUAAAGAGCAUGCAGCACAACUCACACAGCUGAACAUCCUCCCUGGAAACAACACAGGGAAAGAGGUUUGCUAA